AUUUAUAUUUUCUCACAUUUUAUCGAUUGUGCAUAUGUCUCUCCCUUCAACUUCGUGAGUUCCAUCUAAUUUCCUUUCUCUCCAAUUUUAAACCUAAUAAUCCAAAUCAUCAUAUCCGAAUUCCGAUUCCAUGGCGAAUCAACAACCUAACCCAGUUCUUCCGACCGCUGAGGAAAUGAAUCCACUCUCCUUCUCCGAUUUCCCCGAGGAUGUUCAACUCUGCAUCCUCUCAUUUCUCGCUCCUCCGGAGAUUUCCGUAUUCGCAUGCACUUCGAAGCGAUUCGUCUCCCUCUGCCGCAACGACGAAAAACUCUGGUUCUCUCUCUGCGAUCGCCGAUGGGGCUUCAAGACCCAGAUCAACAAAUGGAUCAAAGGAAACAUCACUUACAGAAAGCUCUACAAAGCCCUAAAUGAGUACGAGAAUCUAAUCGGUUUCUGGCGGCGUAGCGGCCAGGGGAAGACGAUCGGCGCCAAUUCUCCGCCGCCGCUCGUGUUCUUUGAAUGGGGUCCAUCGUUCAUAACCGGUUCUCGUGUCUCGCCGUCGAAUUCAGGCACUUAUCAGGUCCUAAAGGAGCCCUUUUUAUACCUAGGUAUCAUGGCCAAUGGUUGUCCUGUAAGUUAUCUCGAUCCCGAAUGUAGACUUAAACUAUCCGAUGAUAUAGUUAAUUCAGGUGAAAUAGGUUCCUCCGAAGGUGAAUUGCUUCCGGUUAACAUUAAUUUCAUGGGUAAAAAUCAUGUUAUCAUUGAGGAGAAUCUGAAUUUCGUGUACUUGAAUUCUCCCAAUGGAAAGAAAACAGUGGGGGAGAGAUCUUUAGCCUCUGGGCACUUAGUGCCAGAUGAUUUUGGAGUGUUGGAUGUGGUUGGAGUGGAGAGGGGCUCACCACCAGAUAGGGUGAUGUUGGAAAUUUACCAGUAUUUCGCCAAUAGAACCAGUCCAGGAGGGGAGAGAUCUUCUAGGAGACAAAGGAGGAGAGAAAAAAUGAGACAGGGGAAGAGUAAAUGGGAGCCUGAACACUUUGUGAAGAUUGCUCAUUGCUCACCCACUCCAUCAAAGCCAUUACAAGGUUUAUGGAAGGGCAUAUGUGACGACAUGAACUUGGAUUUCUUUCUUGUGGCAUACGACGAUGUUGGGGGCAUUGCCUGUCGAAGAGUUGGGGAUGCUUCUCAGCCCUUCUCCAGUUACUCGCCAGUAUUUUGGACGUCGAGCACUGAGUUCACUGACUCUCCCUUUGCCCCUGAUGAGGAACGUCUGUACGCCAGUCGAGUACAUCUCCGGCCUCUUGCAGUGGAGGAAGAAGAAGAAGGCAGUGGUCAUGAUUAUGAACAACAACCACAUCCUUGGAUUGAAAACGAGGUUGUCUCUCGCAUACUUGGAAUUAACUCAAGUUAUGACCUUGUCCUUCCUGACAUGGCUGGGACAAGCAGUGCUAAUCCUUGGCAAGUGGAGGGGAGGAUAUGGCAGUACGAGGAUGGAACGUUUGGUUUUGGGUUUCUUAGGAAUCAUCAUAUUAUAGACCUCAAGCACAUUGCUUGUAAUGGUUGUCUUGUUGACAUACUAUAGUAGUAUGAAUCCUCUCAUGGCAUGUCAAUUCUUCAUUGCCGACUCUGUUUAUUAACAUUUUUCUUUGGUGAUUUGACUCUGAAAUCA